AGCCCAUCCCAGAAUGCAGUGCGGGGACGGGCCUUCUGACCUAGGGGAAUGUAUCGCGUUCGCUUGUAAUUUCAAAUUGCCAGUUUCUUUAAUCGCCAUUUAUUCACCAUCGCAGGAGAUAUUUAAUUGACGUUCCUUCAUUUCGCGUUUUUUGCAGAAUUUCAUAGAUGCGCUUUCAUAGCACUACAGCCGCUCUUUUUAUAGCCCGGCGGGAAGGGCUGCGGGGCGCAGUCCCUAACAAAUAGGUGCCAUCUUUGUUAGGGGCAGGUAAAUAAGAGCAAGACUGAUGCCAAAGAGCUGCGCUGCCUACAACUGCACAAACCGCUAUAGCAACAAGAAGGGCAAGCUCACAUUUCACAGAUUUCCUCUGAGCAAGCCACACAUUCUAAAGGAAUGGCUGGACAACAUAGGUCGAGAGAAUUUCCAGCCGAACCAACAUAUGGUUCUUUGCUCAGAGCACUUCACACCCGAUUGCUUUAGCGGGUUUGGCAAUCGCAAAAAUCUUAUCUGGAACGCAGUACCAACUAUUUUCAGCUUCACACAAGACACUAAGGUAAAAAUGCGAUCAAGUAAAAGACUGAGGUGCAUGGAGGAAGAUAUCCUGCCCGUUGUUAUCCCCAUAGAUGAAGUAGAGGCAAAAGGUGGGCUGCAGGUACCACAUCCAGAGACUAAGCCAGAAGUAGUUAUGAAGUGCCAGGGUGAAGAAUUGAACCAAGAUCUGCACCCAGUUUCCCAAACACAGGAGCUUCCUGAGUCACAGCCUUUUGACCACAGCUAUGCCAUCAUUGAUGUGCGAGAUAUGAAAGAGCGGUUAUUCGCUUCUCUUGAAAUUAAUGAGAAACUGCACAAGAUGGUUAAGUUCAAGUCAGAAGUCAUCCGUCGCAUGAAGCUCAAGUUGAACUAUGCACAUCGACAAUUGGAGCGUCUUGAGGCUGCUCAUAGACGGGCAGAAUGCCCAGGAAGCUGGAGAGAGAGUAUAAGGCACACUAUAGACUGUCCUGCUGAAAAAGGCAACAGCAGGGCUUCAGGCUGCUGUGCUCUACAGGUUCAUGAAAAACCUGGACUGUGAACCAUAAUCCAGAAACAACCUGGAAAGUUUCUGUAAUAAGACUAUAUGGACUUCAACCAGUGAGCUGUGCAUCUUCCUAAAUAAACCUUUUACUUUCUUAAGCAGAAUAA